AUGUCUGGGGCCCUCCCUCAAACCCUCAAGGCCAUCACUGCCACAAAGAUCAACGAACUCUCCAAGCAGCGCGCACUCUUUGACCAGCACAAGGAGAAGAUUCUCGUGGCUGCCGAUGCUGCAACUAACUUGCGCUCUCGAGCUCACGCUCUACUGGAUGGAAUCUCGCGUCUGAAAGGCCUUCCUAAGGACUCACUCGACAAGAAUGACAGCGACCUGGACGCCGAUUCUUCGGAUUCGGCCUCGGACGAAGAUUACACAUCUCCGCUUCAUAUGCUACGCCGCAAGUCUAGUACUAGCUCAUCUGACCACUCCAAUAUUCGCCGCUUCCUUCUUCAGGGUCCUUACGACAGUUCGAUCUCCCAGUCAUCUCUGCGGAACUGGAUUGACCAGCUUGAAAAGGAGCUGAUCUUCCUGGAGACCAAGCAUGAACAUGGCGCAUUCUUUAGCAAGCUAGUCACCGAGUGGCUAUCGGAGCUGGACCCCACCGACGAAGCUAAUACCGCCCAAUCGGAUACCAACUUCCAGCAGGUUGGACGAGCUGAGAUGCACGAGCAACGCGCCACUUGGGAAGCCCUGGUCUUCACUCCUGCUACCCACGUCAACGAUAAAGCAAUUAAGGAUUAUCUCGAUCAACUUUUCAAGCAGACGGAGCUUUCUCGUGAGGCGAUCAAGAACCUCAAAGCAAGCAUUAACUCUUUUGCGAAUAAUCUGGCAUCGAAGGGAAAAUGGAUCGAUACGCACAACCUCAAAUGGAUAUCCAAGGCACUACUGAAGACUGAUCUUCUCAGCAAUGAGAAAUCAUCAGUUCUGAAGGAGUUUAUGCGGAACCAGGAGGUUGCUCAGGAAGUUGCAGAUGUGUUGAACAUGCGAAUUACUUCGCUUGACAGCUGGGCUUGGGACGGGAACGGAAUUCCCAUCGACAUGCGUCGGCAGCUGAACGGGAAGUAUCGAGUAUUCAUGGAUGAAGAACUCCUUGAUGCCCUUCUUCUGCAGUACUUGGGAACCACUUGGUCUGUGGAGUUUCGACGAGUGUUUGAAACAUUCCUACACUCUCACGCCUGGAAGCCUCUACGCGAGAACAUACCCGAAGAGCACAAAGAGCGACGCAGAUACUUCUUGGGCCAGACUGGAAGCUCAGAGAUUACCCACGUCAACAAGAUUCCGAAAAAAGUCAAUGAGACUCGGAAGAAGACUUACGAGGAUGAGUACUUCAUGAGCCAACUGCCUACUUCGGUUAACGAAGGUGCACGCGACUAUGAUGAUGACAAUGAAGGCCAACGGGACUGGAUCGCAAAGGAGGAAAAGAAGGCAAAGAACGCUUUGGACACAAAACACUCUCUUCUUCACCUCUUGAUCACAGAGUCUAUCCUCCACAAACAUCAGCGUGGAGAAUUCACAGCAGUGCGGUCCGACUUUGAAUGGUUCGGUCCUUCAAUGCCUCACACCACUUUGCUCACAGUCCUCGAGUACUUCGGAGUUCCAGAGAUGUGGCUCAACUUCUUCAAGGUAUUCCUAAAGGCUCCGCUCAAAUUCUCUCAGGAUGGAUCAGCUGCUGCUAUUCAAAUCCGCCAGCGCGGACUGCCAAUGAGCCACACGCUUGCUGAUUGCUUUGGAGAGGCCGUUCUCUUCUGUAUGGACUACGCAGUCAAUCAAAGCACAGACGGAGCUUACCUCUACAGACUCCAUGAUGACUUCUGGUUCUGGGGAGCGGAAGAGACCUGCAUCAAGGCAUGGGAAGCGAUGUCUCAGUUUUCUGGAGUGAUGGGUCUCAAUUUCAACAAGGAGAAGACUGGAACAGUGAUGAUGGGCAAGUCUCGCAACCACAAAAACACAGUUCUCCCCGCCGGUGAGAUUCGCUGGGGCUUCCUGGUUCUCGAUGCAGAAAAAGGUAAAUUCACCAUUGACCAGACUCAAGUUGACAAGCACAUCGAAGAGCUCUCGCGCCAGCUGACGUCUUGUAAGAGCGUCUUUGCUUGGGUUCAAGCUUGGAACGCCUACUUCGGUCGCUUUUUCGCCAACAACUUUGCAAAGCCAGCUGUUUGCUUCGGCCGUGACCACAUCGACAUGGCCAUUUCCACUCUCAGUCGCAUCGAGCGUACACUGUUCAACAAGGACGUAAGUGGUACCGGCACCUCGGACCAGAUCAGUGGUGUCACCGAAUACCUCCGCAAGAUGAUCGGCGACAGGUUCAGUAUUGGCGGCCUGGGUCUUCUCAACCCGUUCAUCAAACUACUUGCCAUGCGCGAGAAUAUCAAAGAGACUCCGCGCAAGAUCCUCCACAAGGCAGCUCUCCAGGAUGAGAAAGCCUACCAAUCCUUCAAGACCAAGUUUGAGGAAGACGGACCGGACAACAAGGCCCCAUCGCUGGUUGAUACAGAUGGGAAGCCCUUGCCCUUCAUGUCCCUCGAAGAAUUCAACAAAUACCCGGAAACCUACAGCUCUGGCCUUUGGCACGCGUACAAGGCUCUGUGUCGAGUCCCGGAGGAGGCCGGUGUGGCUCUGACUCCUGGCUUUGCAGCGGAUCAGGAAAUCCUGGAAAUGGACUCGCCGAUUUCUAGCGAUUGGUAUGCCAUGACCCCCUACUGGCGGUGGGUUGCGCAGCUGUAUCACGAUGAGAUGAUUCGCACUUAUGGUAGUCUUGCUGCGGCAAAGCGGGAGUUUAUGCCACUCGGUGUUGUGAAGACCCUGCGCGAGGGUCGGUUCAGAUGGCAGGGUUGA